AUUAAUUGAUAAAACUAAGGAUUAAAUGAUUCGAAUGUUUAAUAUCCAUUUUUUAAAAAUAUAAUACUAUUUUACAUAGAAAUUCAACCAGUUCAUAUGAAAAAUAAAAAUACGAAAAUAUGUCUUAGUGUUAAGGUGGUCGUAUAGAGACCUGUGCGCAUAUGAAGGAUGAAAUAAGAGGAUAGAUAAAAAAUUAAUAAAAAUAAAUUUAAAACUAAUCACAAGUACCAUGAGUUCUAUAGAGGGAAAAUGUUUUGGGGAUGCAGAAAUUGAAUUGUUUAAUUCAAACGUGUUGGAACGAUUGUCUUUACCACGUGUAGAAGGUUUAUUAAUUAGAUCUUUAAGAUCCGGUGAUUAUGAUAGAGGCUUUCUUCAGCUGUUAACGCAAUUAACUGAAGUUGGAAAUAUUAGUAAAGAACAAUUUCUGAACCGUUUUCAACAGAUGAAAAAUACUGGUAGUUAUUAUGUCAUUGUGACAGAAGAUACAACCAAUGGCAAAAUAAUAGCAACUGCAACGUUAGUUGUAGAACAAAAAUUUAUUCAUAAUUGUGCAUUGAGAGGACGUUUAGAAGAUGUGGUAGUAAAUAAUAAGUAUAGAGGUAAACAUCUGGGAAAACUAAUGGUUAAAACUGUAUUACAAUUAGCAGUUUAUUUACGAUGUUAUAAAUUGUCGUUGGAUUGUAAAGACAAUCUUAUACCUUUUUAUGAAAGUUUGGGCUUUAAGCGAGAAUCUAACAACGCUAAUUACCUCAAUAUGAGAUUCCAAAUGGAAAAUGCUACAGAACAGUCACAUUUAUGACAAUAAAGAUAUUUCAAAAUUA